AUGUCUGAACAAGAGCGUAUACAGGACUGUCUGAGGAAAGAGAUAAGGUCACUUCUUAUUUCCACUAAGGAUGGGUUGACCCCACAGCAGCUGGAAAAGGAGUACCUUCUGAUGGUUGGCAACCACCUACCCCUCCGAAUCCUUGGGUACCGGUCCACUAUGGAGCUGGUGUUGGAUAUGCCGGAUGUGGUUAGUGUGUGCCCCUGUGGGGAUGGUACUGUGAUACUGAAAGCCAUUCCAGAUGAAUCCACCAAAGGAAUAGCAAGCUUAGUCGCAAAGCAGAGGAGGAACCACAAGGUCCGAAACUCCAUGCAGAAGGGGAGAACCGGCAUCUGCUCCAGCCGGGUGCCUUACCGUGGAAGAGUGCCCCCCAUACUCCCAGCAGUUGUGAAGAGUGAGUUGAAAGACCUUCUGGCCUUGUCUCCUGUUCUCCUUUCUGACUUUGAAAAGGCGUUUGCCAAGCGUUUCGGACGAUCAUUUCAGUACAUGCAGUAUGGAUUCCUCUCUAUGUUUGAAGUGUUGAACGCGGCCUCGGAUGUCAUUUCUGUAGAGCAGACCAGAGCAGGUUCUCUGUUGACACUGAAAAAGAGUGUAUCAGAGGAAAAGCAGAGAGGUUGGCCAGCAGGUAAAAUUUUUACGCAGCCAUUUAGAAUGAAACAGCAGGGGUCAUAUUCUACAGGAUUCCCAGUAAUGAAGACACGCUUUGCACAACCCACUUCAAACAUGGAACCACCAAAGCAAGUGCUGAACAUGGAGAAGAUGCCCCCGUUCAGUGCACUGGAGACUGCAAGGCUGAACCAUAGUGAAAAAUUAAACCAGUUGGAGAACACAUUCAAAUCAGUCAUUGCACAAAUUGGACCCGGUGGCACUAUUGAUCCAGACCUAAAACACAAGAUAAAAUUUGUUGUAUCUAAGUUUCCACAAGGUUUGUUUAUUUCUAAACUGCUUGGAGAAUUUGAGCUAAUUUUUAAGGAGCAACUUUCACCAAAACAACUAGGGUUCUUAAAUGUGACAGAGCUCGUUGGCGCUCUUAGUGACAUUCUCCGAGUUGAGUUCAGUGAGGAAAAGCAAGACUUGUUAGUGUUUGACGCCGACCUGAAGCCUGGGCCACCUGGUGGAAUGCUUUCAUCAGUCAGAAAUUCGUGUUUAGUUCAACUAGACAAGAAAAUGGAAGCCAAUGCGUGGGUCUCCAGUCCCACUAGAAAUGCGCUGUCUACUGUAGGAGUUAAGAAGACUACGUGGGAUUGCCCUUUGAAGAACCACAAGGAACCAGAACAGAAGAUUUACAAGAAGCCUAAUCUGGUGGUGAAGCCUUUACAGCUGCAAGUGGAAACAAACAAACCCCAGCUCAGCUUGUCGGUGGCAAUUCACGACAUCCCGCCAGAUGCUGUACGUGCGAAGAAAUUAUGCAGACUCCCACCGUUAGAUACCAGCACCCUUGUGGGGGUCUUCGUGGAAUAUAUAAUCUCUCCCAGUCAGUUCUACAUCCGAAUCUACAGCAGAGACUCAUCAGAAUUACUUGAAGACAUGAUGAUUGAAAUGCGGCGCUGUUACUCUAACCAGCUGGUUUCUGAUCGGUACAUCAUGCCAGAAUAUUUUAUCCAACCAGGACAUCUCUGCUGUGUAAGGAUUUCUGAGGACAAGUGGUGGUACCGGGUUAUUAUCCACCGAAUCCUCGGGAAAAAGGAGGUUGAAGUGUUCUACCCAGACUUCGGAAACAUAGGAACAGUCCAGAAGUCCUCGCUGAGGUUCCUCAAAUGCUGCUACACGAAGCUCCCAGCUCAGGCUAUACCUUGCUCUUUGGCGUGGGUGAGGCCAGCAGAGGAACACUGGACAUCCAGAGCUAUUUUGCACUUCCAGAAGCUGUGUGGUUUGAAGCCAUUAGUGGGGGUGGUGGAUGAGUAUAUAGAUGGAAUCCUUAAUAUUUUUCUUUGUGAUACAUCCUCAAAUGAAGAUGUCUAUUUUCAUCAUGUCUUGAGGACAGAAGGCCAUGCUAUUGUAUGCCGAGAAAAUGCCCCAUCCAAGGGCUUCAGAGAUCUAAACCCAUUAGCACUCUACACCAACUCCAGUGGAGUGCCGGGUGAUGGGGUCCUAACAGAGCUGGGGCACCCUGCUCAGCAGCACUAUUUUAAUGAAGACAGGGAGAUCCAGCAGCAGUCCAAGCAAGGUAUUAAUGAUGAAAACUCUGUAAAUCACCUUAAGUCUGUGUCCAAAGAACUGGUAAAGGAUUCUCAGUUCACUUCACUGAAAGCACAUAAGAACUGUGACAACGAUCCCCAGUGGUCCAUCAUGCAGUCCAAGGAUUCGAAGGAAGAGAAUGAGGAUGAGAUCCCUACUGGAAUGCCUUGCCUGGAGUCGGUGACCAUAGGUGAUGAUAUUUGGGAUGAGAACUGGCUACCUCUACAGGCUAAAAUGGGGAAGGGAGGAGGCCCUGCCUCCCAUCUCUUUACUUCUAGCCUUGUUGGGAAGAAACCAUAUCAGACACGAGGUGAAAUGACACAAAAGGACUGGUGUUUUUCUACAUCUAAAGAUAUAUGGGAUGAUUCGUGGCAGCCUUUAGGCCUCACAAAUGACAUGAAAGGAGGAAUUCAAACACCAGAAGGGCCCAUUGCUCAAGAAAAAAAUACUGGCACAGCUGGAAUUCGCAAGCAUCCAGACCUACAGUAUCCCUUGGAUUCUUCCACACUGCCCAGACUGGAAGAGUUCUACAUCUCUCUCAUUAAGUCCCAGCAGUCGGCAGAGGAGGGCCAGGCGGACCCAGCCAGCGCUCAGCCCCUGCCCCCGCACGGCCAGGUGUCCUCAGCAGUGCCCAUUUCAACUCCUGCGGUGGUUGACUCUCCAGAAAACCACUCUGGCUCCGUGGAAAGCUCUCCAGGGAGUCUAAAGAAUGAAGAUUUUUCUGGUAGCCAUGCUGACACGGUGGUCAAGGACAAGAGUCAAGGAGCCAUAGAGCAGCUCUCUUUCAUUUUGUCCCCCCAGCACCAGACUUCACAGAAGCUCUACAUUCCUCGAAGUACAGCCACGGCUGUCUUGGGAGCUGCCGCGCGGUUAGCCACAUCCAGGAGCCUCCUGCACUGGUACCCCAGUGUGAAAGGAUGGAAGCUUGAGGGACAAGAGGCGAAGAAAAAUGAAGUGAAGUAGCAUUGGGGUAGUGAUGGAUUGGUCUUUCUGUAUGACCAUAUGCUAGCUUUGUUUUGCUAACUGACCACUUUGAUGUGUAAGUAUUGAUAUUUUAUGUUAAUUUUUAUUUUUGUUAAUUAUUUUACUUCACUUUGAAUGGUUUGGUUCACUUUCGUUUUAAUGAAGUGGUUUAAAGGAGUUUGUGUAUAUGUUUCUGUUAGUGUUUUUCUUGUACAUAUCAUGACUGAUAAAUGAAAAUGGAAAAACUAAUGUUUUGUGAUCUGUAUUUAGCAAGACAAGAAGUAUUUUCACGUCCCUGUCAAACAAGGGCCUCUCCAGGCCUCUAGGCAAGGACUCUUGAGCCCAGUCACAGCAUCUGGACUCAAAUGCAGGACCACAUGGCCAAAUCUGCCAAGUUUUUCUGCUUGCUCGUCCCCUCCUUGAAUUGCAUUUGUGUAAACUUCCCAUUGUUGUUUAAAGCUAGGAAAUCCCUAGGGCCUUCUCAUUUCAUAGGCUGCAGGGUUAGCUGGGUGGGGCUUGCCCAAGAGCGCACCACUCCCUUUAUUCAGGUUGGCAUCAGGCACUUCUAGCUUCUAUGUUUCUUGUUAGUCUUUUUCUCCUUCAACUUACAGUUGGUGCUUCUCUUUGACCUACUUGCUCCUUUUCACAGUAUAGAUCCGCGUAAGAGUGAUGACUGAUAAACCCCCCCACACCGUCAAUAGUAGGCUGUCUUCAAAUCUCUGCCACCGACUUUAACCCAAACGCUUUGAUUGAGCCUCAGGACAGAGCAAAACUCAGCCACGUUUUUUACUCAAAUAUUACAAGAAUGGCUUCUAAACCAGCCAGUAAUAUUCUUUCCCUGUGAAACCUCUUGAGCUGGGCCUGCAUAGCCCACAUCGCCCUCAGUACCACUGUCUUCCAUGUUCCUACUAGGAUGGCCAUUAAACCCCCUCAGAGUGUUAACUGCUUUUCUAAUCCAAAGUCUUGCAUGUUCCUUCAAACAAAUAGUUUGGUGUGGGCUGUCAUAGCAAUUCUGUAGUCACUGGUACCAGCUUCUGCCUUGUUACUGUUCUGUUGUUGUGAAGAGACACCAUGAAAAAAAACUCUAACAGAACAUUUGAGGACUUGCUUACAGUUUUAGAGGAUUAGUUCAUUAUUAUGAUGGCUGGAAGCAGACAGAAACACACAAGGCCUGGUAUGGGAGUGAGCUUUUGAAACAUCAAAGGGACAUACUUCCUCCAACAAGGCCACACCUCCUAAUCCUUCUAAUCUUUUUCAAACAGUUCUACUCCCUAGUGAGUAAGGAUUCAAAUAUAUGAGCCUAGGGGUUGGUGGGGCAAGGGGAGGGAGGCCCAUUCUCAUUCAAACUACCACACUGAGUUUCUUCCUUUAAAACUGCAAGUCUCAACAGUAUUCUCCACAUCCCCAGCGAGUUGUUCUGAAUUUGGGGCAGGGUCAGUCUUACGGUAUAGAAGCACUCACUCUGUCAUGAGAGGAAGGCUGAAUGGAAGUCCACAUUUGGUCAAUGAAACUGUCCCCCUCUGAUAGCAACCAACCAGUUGUCAACUCUACCAAAAUAAACUGCUCAACCUUUUAUUUGUAAGUUUGACAAGCUUAUAAGCAAAAACCAACUAAGAUAGAAUUAAGUGUACUAAAGCCUUGUUCCUCAUUGUUUUGAAAAUGGCCAGCAAGACACUUAGCAACCAUCUCCAACUGGCAACUCUUAGCACACUUUGAAAGAAGCCCGUGGAGUAGUUAUGCGAGUUAGAGUGAAGAAUGGACCUUUAGCAGACAUGUGCCUUUUGCCUACUUGGCUUUGACUGGAGUAGCCAUUAUGUCAGGCUCUUUACCUACCUUGUCUCCAAACAUGGGCCUUACUAGGUAGUUUUAAAUAGCCAGAGAAGCAAACUUGGUAGAUCAUUUGAAAAAGAACAAAUAAGUUUCUCUAUAUGACCAGGGGCAACAAUAAGAAAAUACAGAAAAGGAAGGUUGGCAUGGUGGUACAUGCCUGCAGUCCUAAUACGUGGGAAGCUAACCAGCCAUAGCAAGACCCCGUCUCUGUAACCAGGUAGGUGGCAGGGACAAGGCGACGAGAGUAAAGACGUGUACAAAAGAUGGAGAUGCAAGCAGAGUGGCUUUUAUUAACAGCCAACUCCCGUAUAAAGAGAUUCCAUGUAGUUUUAAGAGAUGGGCUCUCUAAACAUCAUGCUCCUGAGAUGUCAGUUGUUCUUCAAAAGGCAUGGCAAUGACUAGAGAUUUCUGCCUAUACUUAAUUCCUCUAACCUAGAGAUGGAGAAUUAAGAGCAUUUUUGUGUAGGAAGAACCUUGGGUGAGAAAAUGUGAAGCCUGGGCAGACUGGCUUUUCCAGAGUCAUAGAGCUUAAAUGCCCAUAUCUCCUAACUUCCGGCUCAGUGCCUCUCCAGAGCAGAAACUUGCAAGUUCCUCUUACGUACUUUAAAGGAUUUGUGCCAGAAGACACAGUUACAGUAAUGAGUCCAAAUCAGUGUGAUUUUAAUAGCCAAAGAAGAACUUUGACAUUCAUAGGCGAUGGCAGCCGGCCCACGAGGGCCUCAUAUUCUUGAACGUAGAUAAUUCAAGUAACGAUGAGCUAAUUGAACAGCCAAAGUAUCUAAAAAGGGGGUCAUAAGAAAUGGGAAACCAAUACCUCAUAGAGAAUUCUUUGUAGAACUGUCUGUUAGCAUUUGUAUUUUUAUCUUUUUGGAAUUAAACUUCGAUACAGAGAGAACCACGAGUGGCAUCGAGUAUCUUAUUCAUAAUUAGGCGUCAUCCCCGAGACACUAAAAAUAGUUCACUUCCUACACCUCACUCAGAUCCUGACAGUUUUCAUUUAUCAGGCAAAAUGCAUGGCUGUGUCAAUAAAUCUGUCCGUAUACUUUGACAUCAGAAUCAUUCCUAAAGGUGUCAUUUUUCUGACAAGGCUGACAAUUGGCCCGGCAAGGUUUUGAUACUAUUGGCUUACCUGAAGUUCUUCAGACACUGCUAUUUUAACUAAGUACACAGAAAACACGAACUGUUCAGUUAAGGACUUUUGUAAUAUUUAGUAACAUAAGUAAUGUGUGUCUCUUUCCAUGUGAAAAUGGAUUCUUGGUCUUACAUCACAUUUGCCUUAGACGCCUUCUAAGCCUGGUGUGGUAGAGCAUACCUAUCAUCCCAGCCUUUGGGAGACCACAGCAGGAACUUCACUGAGAGUUCAAAACCAGCAUGGGCUACAUAGUGAGCUCCAGGCAAGCCUGAGCUACGAGUGAGACCUUGUGUUACGAC